AAAGGCCCAAACGCAGCCUAGAAAAGACGAAGUCCGAGGUGAAGUUCAGGUUGUUGCUUGUAAAUGGCUCCUUCGUUGUCAUUUUGGGAAUACACGGUGAUCUUCUUUCUGCGGCCCCUUUUCGCCAUUGUCUUCGUUCUCUUCUUAAUAUCUUCUGGUUGGUUUGUGGCGUGGAAACUGGUGCUGGUUCACGUUCCUUUGGUGCAAGAGGUUUUCGGCCUCAAAAAGAAACCUGUCCGAGUGAAGCCCCAAAUUGGUCGCUUCUCCAAAAUUUACAGCACACUUCAUGCCCAAAACUCACCUCCCACGAGGAUAGAGGACGAGGAAAGUUGAAGGUUAUUGUAGAUGGAUUGAAAUAGAAAGGAGCGAAAGAUAAAACUAUUCCUAGGGUCAGGAAUCAGAUCAUAACUUUCUGAUCCUAUUCUCAUUCUUAACUCUGGUCAAAUUCGAAACAAAAAAAACAGGGUACCUAGUUGUUAGCCCAGGACACAUGAUAAGUCAUAAUAUUAGAACAAAAGAAGAGACAUACCAUGUUUUAUUUUAAUUUAUUUUUUAUAUAAAUAUGAAUGUAAUUAUCA